AAAAAAAGUAUAAUGUCAUGGUGUGUCUCUGUCAUACAUUGAUUGUGUCAUUCUCAUCUGUGAUCGGUCGACACUGUAGCAAGAAAAUAUUGAAUUUUCCAUUAGGAAAUCAGUUUAACAGUGACGUAGAGUGAAUUUAUAAGAAAAGUGUGAUCCAGCGGCAGCUACGAUACUGGCAUCGGACUGGGUAUUCGUGAGAUACUCACACCCCCAACAAGUGAUAUUGAAACGCAGAAACAUCGGGAGUUCAGCGUACAAAAAUGACCAUUCGGAGUUUAUGACGUAAUCGUCGCCACCUCGCCUCCCAACCGGCACAAGACUGAACCUGUGAUAUAGCAGACGGCCGCGCGCCCCCGCUGACAAUAACCACUGGGCAUUUAUGGGGAACGGCCACACCUUUCAUAAGGACAAUUUAUCAAAGUAGGGGUGGUCCAUGCCCCACGCGGCGCCAGCCACCGCCAUGUCGGCCCCGCCGCGCCACCCGCACUUCUACACCGUCGAGGUCGGAGACACGCGAUUCACCAUCCUCAAACGGUACCAAAACCUCAAACCCAUCGGCUCCGGCGCACAGGGUAUCGUAUGCGCGGCGUACGACACGGUGACUCAGCAGAAUGUCGCGAUCAAGAAGCUGUCGCGCCCCUUCCAGAACGUGACUCACGCCAAGCGAGCAUACCGCGAGUUCAAACUCAUGAAGCUCGUUAACCAUAAAAAUAUAAUCGGCCUCCUGAACGCGUUCACGCCACAGCGCAGCCUCGAGGAGUUCCAAGAUGUGUACCUGGUGAUGGAGCUGAUGGACGCCAACCUGUGCCAGGUGAUCCAGAUGGACCUGGACCACGAGCGCAUGAGCUACCUGCUGUACCAGAUGCUAUGCGGCAUCAAGCACUUGCAUUUGGCCGGCAUCAUACACAGGGAUCUGAAGCCGUCCAACAUAGUGGUGAAGAGUGACUGCACGCUGAAGAUCCUGGACUUCGGACUGGCGCGUACUGCUGGCACCACGUUCAUGAUGACACCGUACGUCGUCACGCGAUACUACCGGGCGCCAGAGGUGAUCCUGGGCAUGGGGUACACGGAGAACGUGGACAUCUGGUCGGUGGGCUGCAUCAUGGGAGAGAUGAUCCGCGGCGGGGUGCUGUUCCCCGGCACCGACCACAUCGACCAGUGGAACAAGAUCAUAGAGCAACUGGGCACGCCUUCUGCGGCGUUCAUGGCGCGGCUGCAGCCCACCGUCCGCAACUACGUGGAGAACCGCCCGCGCUACGCCGGAUACAGCUUCGAGCGGCUCUUCCCCGACAUACUGUUCCCCACGGACAGCAACGAGCACAACCGGCUCAAGGCUUCGCAGGCGCGUGAUCUGCUGUCCCGCAUGCUGGUGAUCGACCCCGAGCGACGCAUCUCCGUCGAUGAGGCGUUGUUACACCCCUACAUCAACGUGUGGUACGACGAGGGAGAAGUCAAUGCGCCGGCGCCCGCGUCGUACGACCACUCGGUGGACGAGCGCGAGCACACCGUCGAGCAGUGGAAGCAGCUCAUCUACCAGGAGGUGGUGGAGUACGCCGCGCCCCCGGCCGCCCCGCCCGCGCCCGCGCCCCCGCCGCCCGCGCCCGCACUCACCACAUAGGUGUCGCGGAUACCGACGGCGGCGGGCGAGGCCGCGUGUACAUACGAGUGCAAUCCCCACCACAGACUCUCCGCUAACUCACCGCGUUACAUUACCCCGUCCCCUUGUGUCCUCUAUCUCUCUCCUACCCGUUCUACCCCUACCCUUUCAUACCCCUCCCCUCCCUCAGUCAUCGAGCCGGCCGCGUUGUUUGUAAACGUAAACGAUUGUCGUGUAUAAUGCGAUUCAAAUUUCAUGACCGUUGUGAAGCUAGCAGCGAGUGCGAUUAUGCGCGGAUUUCAGUUCAGUUUUCAUCCUACAUUUCGUAUACUGCGCAGCGACUUGCGCGAACUUCACGCCCGUCGAAUUAAAGUUCGAAUCGCAGUCUACAUAACCCAUCCCUACACUCUCCCUGUCUCUUAAAUUAAACAUAGGCUAAGUUAGCGCCUGUACUUUUAAUCUUAUUGACUCGAUGUAUUCGUGAUCGUCAUCGUCGUCCAUCACACUCUGACAGCCGAAAUCAGAAACGUCAUUUUAAUUUAAUACUUCGUUUAGUCAGGUGUUGUCUCGUUCUAUUAAUAUCGCAAAGAAAGUGACAGCAGGAACUCUUGUCAAACUUAAAUGAAAAUUCUACUUUUCGUAAGAACCACUUACACCGAAAUUCUGACUCGUUCUAUCUCUAUUUCUAUUCUUUCUCUAUUCAACUUAAACUAUUGACAAAGAUGGAAUGUUAAUGGUAUUGUACGGGAUUAAGCCUACAUUUUAAUUAAGAAUUUUGGUGCAAAUGGACCUAACUUACAUAACUUUUAAUGCUGUAAAGUGGGAAGCGACACGACGAAGUCAUCGAUACAUUGAUUGUUAAAGAUUUUUAGGGUACAGCCCCAAGGUUCGACUCGUUUCAUCGGAGGACGCUUCUCGAGUGAUCGUAUCACCAUGCGAGUGCUACUUUUGAAUCAAUCGAUCGACUGUGUCGCGUUGUAAUCGAUCGAUUCAAAUCGCAAUCGAGUUAGUAUCAUGUCGCUGUUUAGAUGCUAUCCAUAUGCAUACGAACUUUUUGGUGAAUGUUUUUUGAAAUGGAAAUUCAUGGUUUCAGGAUUUUAUAUUUAUCACUUGUCGUUGCAUUCGAAUGAAUCGAAAAGACGGGGACUUUCGGAUACCUUAGCGAAAUUGGUGAAAAUCGAUUGAUUCAAAAAUAGCUCUCCAUGUUUGAUUUGCGUAAAGGAGUGCCUUUGCGGAUCACGCUGUGACGGUGAUUCGAAGCAUGUGGACUGAAGUGUUUGAAUAUUUUUGUAUCUGCGGCGGUAAUGUGACGCUCGGACCCCGAUGAAUCUUGCAAUAUUUUUUACCACUUUGGGAACCUGCGUUUUUAGUUUUGUAACGCGAACUUGAAUAUUAUGGAUAAUGUAAUUAAUUAAUCUUAAUGAUAAUAAAGUUGAGCUUAACAAUCUGUGUUGUUACGACGUGUAUUUUAUUUUGGCGAUUUUAUUAUUAUUAUUAUUUUUCGACAAUAAAUUGUUGCGUUGUAAUUAUUUAAUUUAUGUUAUUUGGAUCACUUUUGCAAAUUUGCACCACCAUAUUAUAAUGUUGCGCGUGUCGUUGCUAAUCUCAUAUCAGCCGCGAGUGAGCAUAGUGCCAUUACACCAUGCCAUAGAGUGGAAAAAUGUGAUUUUUUUUAUACUUAUUAAAAAAAAUAUGGGUGCGUGUACUUAAGUACGCGCGUGAGAAGUUAUACUUCUUUUUGGAAUUAUUAAAAAAUAGUUUUUAAUUGCUUGCAGAUAAUUUAUUACAAUAAGAUAAUAAAAGGAUUGGAAAAGGAUAGUCAACGCAGUCAAUAAAGUUCAGUUUUAAUUUGAAAAAAUUAAUAAAUAAUCAAAAUAUUAAAUUUAAAUCACUACUGAAUAAAAUUUAUUAGCACAUAUAAAUUUCGCAUUUGUAUAACAUUAUAACACGUGUUAAGAAUAUAGAAACUAGAAACAUGUGGAUAAAUAUUAUAAAUAUGAAAACAGUGAUCAGAGGCGACGAGCGUCCCAACAUGUGCGACUAAGAGAUCCUAUUACUAUUUUGUUGGAAGCUUUUUUUCGAGACUUACGAGUAAUGUGCGGUUUAGCGGCCGACUUCAUGGUGUUACUUUUCUGUUACAGUGUUGCGCGCGCAUCUUAAAAUUUCACUCUCAUCAUUUUUUCAUAACGCGCCCGCGGCUAACUUCAUUAUGUUACUUUUGUGUUACAGUGAUGCGCGCGCAUCUUAAAAUUUCACUCUCAUCAUUUUUUCAUAACGCGCCCGCGGCUAACUUCAUUAUGUUACUUUUGUGUUACAGUGAUGCGCGCGCAUCUUAAAAUUUCACUCUCAUAAUUUUUUCAUAACGCGGCUAAAGAAGUAUAACUUCAAAAAAAUUUGCAAUCGUGAUACUUUUUGAUUAAGAGUGACUUUUGAAAUUGUAAUAUAAUUUCCGUAGUAGUGGUGUACACACGGUCGGAUUAGUUGGGAUUUUGUGAUGUUCAUAGUUUUCAUAGGUACCUAGCCCAUAGUUAUGUUGUUGAUGAUAUCGUAUCGACUAUACGAGAUUAGCUGUUUAAGUACAUUAAUACCUAAUAGUAUCAUAUUGACCUCACACGUUGCCUCUUGGAACUUUAUACGUAACCAGUUCUCCAGCUUACCUCAUGACGAUAGGUCACCAUACAUAAAUUACUCUUUAUUCACACAUAUUGGUUCAGCUUUAGGGAAUGUCUGAUCAGUUGAAUGUUUAAGCCACUUAAAUUCUUUGCUUGCCGAAUAAUUCUAUUACUGUCGCAAAUAAAUUGAGA